AAACAAGCAGUGGUUAAAAGUCGGAGCUUUUUUGAGGAGCACUUGAACGCGUCGGCGUUGCCAUGGUUGCUGCCGAGGCAAACAGUGUUUGUACGUUCUCACUUUCAAGAACAUCUUCAUGAAGCAGGCGGUUCACCUACAACCUACAAAUGGAUAAAGGACUCAAACAUGACAAGAUGUGUCAAGUGUUGAAGGCUGAGCGUGAGAAGCAUUUUUCCCCGGGACAAGCGGUUCUGGCCAACCACUGGGACCCAGUGGAGUCUGACACAGAGAGCUUGGCCCAGGAGAGAGCGUACAGAUUGACUGAUCGAAUCAAAUACACACUGCCCCAAAAGGAGAUGACAGCUGACAGCUUACAGCACGGGGAAGAUGGAGAGGAUGAAGAUGAAGGUGAACAACAUCUUCAGGUUUAUGACAGCCUAGAAGUAGGAGCACACCUCCGCGCUAAGAGGAACCCCACCGUGUCACUGACUGAAUAUGUGGACACGCAAACCGAUGGAAGAGAAGGAACGAGCGGCCAGCUGCUCUCUGAUGACGCUUAUUCUGACCUGCGCUAUGACCCAAACUGGAGGACCAACCUGAAGGGAGCUGGCCGCUUCAACGAGAGUCCGCAGGUUUCCGUCAAGGAAUAUUACCAAGUCCCUAAAGAGACGUCCAGUGACAGGCUGGCACCGGUAAUGAAAGGAGGAUACAGAUACAUUGUCGACACAGGUCCAGCUGCUGUGGUGACUCCUCACACGGCUGACGAUCACUCUGACCAGCCAUACCACCUUCACCCACAGGGCGGUCAGGAUAGCUCUCCCCACUGUCACAACCAGGUUUCAAAACUUCGAUCACCAGAGGUCGACCUUUCAAGGCCGUCCAGAGAGAGUGACAACAUUUCACAGAGAGGAGCGAAGACGAAGAGUGAAAAAUAUAUCAGCAGGUGUCCUGAGCUGACAGAGAAAGAAGAAUAUAAGACCUACUACCAGCAAGAACUGAGACACCCACGAGGAGGGCCCAGUGAGACACAGCACAUGAGCACGACCACACUGUCGAGUCCAAAGGUUUCAUCCAACAAUAAGGUAGAAAGACUCACAGAGGACAUUGUGGAACGCAACAAAAUAACCCUGGGCCGCAACACGUCCAAAUGUGGCUCCUAUGCGACGGUGCAUGCACUGAAGCAGGACACGCCUCAUGAUGUGAACAAGGUGCACGAAACUCUGAAGGAGACGGCGAGCACAGAGAGUCGAGAGGACAGUUCAGACCCCAAGCUGAGGUGGCUCCAGAAAACACAGGAGCUGAAGGUCGCCCAAAUCAGCAAAGGAAAGAAAGCCCAGCGGAAAUACCCCACCCCACCCCAACAGCAGAAGCCCCCCAUCCCGGGGAUAGGAGCUGAGCGGGUAGACUGUCUGAGCUCUCCAUUAGCAAGACCAGCCGCCGUAAUUCCACCAAAACCUCAGAAGGUGACUCCAUCGCAGCCUUUGGCCCCCACCUUCCACCUCAACAUCAACCUCGACGCCUCCCUCCUUCCACUGCUCCAGCAGAAGACGCAGGAUGCGGUCAUCAACGUAGCGUCUCGUCAUGGUCAUCCUCAUUGGACCCCCGCCUCUGAUGUUGAUCUUGCAUUGUCUCCUAGAUAUAUACUAACAAAUCCAGGAAAAUACUCCCAGAUGUCUCAGAAAGAGAUAAAUGCACAACUUCACCACCAGAACCUGGAGAGCAGCCCUGAACAGUGGCAAAGUGAUCUGUCAUCAUGGGAUCCCUCAGAUGAGGUUCAUUUCCAACAAAACUUCCCCGGGACGCCCACCACCACUUCCUCACUGGCUUCGGGCUCCUACACAGUUCUGCCCCCAAUAGGAAAGCCAACGACGGGCACAGAGGCCGAGCUGAGCCCCGGUCAGACCGGGGACACCGCCUGCAUCCACAGAAGCAGCUCCGACGGUUACCUGGUUCAGAUGGAGAAACAGAAGCAGCUGAGGACGAGAGUCACUUACAAGGCAUACAGUCUUAAAGACUACAAGCAGCUGAGGUCAGAUAUAAACCUGCGAGGCCUGGGUCCUGACUACAAAGCCAUUGAAAAGACAGCUGAGAAAAUGAAACGACAGAGGCUGUAUUCAAAUGUGAUCCGCGAGCAGAACAAAAAGAUAAGUAGGAUACCCUUUCUACCGGCCAAGGACCCGGAAGGCAAUGACAAGAAAGUUCCCAGGAUGAAGGCCUUGGAAUAUGCCAAGACAAUAGCCAAACCUCCUGUACAGCCUCAGUCAAAGCAGACACAGAAACACGACUCCGAAGGCUUCACCGAGCACGCUCCGUACUUGGAGGAGUUGGACAUGUCCGAGUCGGUCUCACUGGAAGUCCUCAGGAAACGGCAUGAGGAAGAAAAGAAGGCAGUGGCUGUCCUCCGAAAAGUACAUGCUGCUGUCUGAGGGAAGGUAUCACUCAACUGAACAGUCCAUGGAACAUGUAGAACACAACAUGCUGCUUCAUCACAUUUACUAACAAAUCACUCCCACGUGCACUUAACGCGUUAUUUUGGAAAGAAUCACCAAAAGAUAACCAAAGAUAAGAGAGUCAGCCAUCGCCUGUGUUACUUUAAACACAUUGUGUGUCACCGGGUCAGACGGCUAUACUGCAAAGACAGAGGCUGCUGUUCUCUCAGCACAUGCAUACCCGAAGCUUUCGAAGUUUCUGGUUAUCGUAGACAAUGAACAGACUGACAGAGUGCUGGUAGAAGAACAUUCCCCUCCUCAGAAUAAAUAUACAUGUAUUUUGCAAGAUGUAAACACGGUUUUACAGUUUGGUAACUGUAUCAAUUAAUAUAUGUGUGGAUAUAAUAGCUCACAUUGUUCCCUUAUAUUGACGUUAUCUUCAACAGUUUUUGUCACAGUUUAUGUCAUGAUGACACACAUCACGUCUUGUCUGUGAGCACUUUUACAGUUUGAUUCCCUCGUGCUGGCUGCUCAGUCAACUUCAUGCCAGAGUACGAUCAUAGCACGGUAACUCAUGUUGCACUUGGACGACGAUUUCUUGUUCCUCUCACACCAAUAUCACGAAUAUACAACCCGUAGAUGUCAGAGGCACGUCACGGACUUGUGCGCGCUUAAACGUCCAGUGUGUAGGAUUUAGUGGCAUCUUGUGGUGAAGUUGCAAAGUGCAACUAGCUCAAUACCCCUCGCCUCACCUAUCGCCUAUCUAGAGCCAGUAUUUGUCCGUUCUGUGCUAAUGUAGAAACAUCGAAAAACACAGUUCUUCUUAUUUCCAGGUGAUUAUACACUAAUGGAAACAUUAGAACCUCAUUCUAUAAAUAGAGCGCCGUAAUUCAGACACAUUUUGGCAGAUUAAAGCCACAAAAUCCAGAUUUUGGUGAAAGAGAAGCCUGAGUGGAACCGAGGCUCAUUAAUGCCAUCGCGACACGUUAGAAAAAGUGAGAUCUUGAGGUGAACUUUAUAAAGGAAUGACUCCAUCUUUGUUUGUAUCAUUACAGUGUAGCCUGUAGUAGCAUUUAACACUCCAGAGGCAUCAUGUGUAAUCACAUCCAGUCACUGACUUGUGUUUCACACUCGAAAUUCUUAUUCUAUAUGUCAAAAUAGAGCAUUAUUUUAAUAUUCUCCAUAUACAAACACAUAAGACAGUCUGAACAAAUCACAAAUUGGACUAUAAGUGAAGUCUCUGCAUAUCCAAGGUAGACUAAACAGUUAACAGUUAAAUGCUGAUGUCACCUGUAGGAGACAAAUAAACACGCCUCGUCUAUUGGAUCCAAUGUCAGUCCUUCCCCUGUUAUAAUAUAUUACACACACACAUCGUAACAUUAUUUUUAUCCUGUUAGGUUAGAAACUUUGUAUGAAAUGUAGGAUUGGUGCAUUGGAUUGAUUUUAGCAGUUGCACUCAUACUUAUUAUAUUAUUGUUUGCUAUGAUCACACGUAACUGUAUGUACCUGCUCAAUAGACGGAUAUUAAACAGCGUCUGUCAGGCUUUGUGUUAUUGCUAAAGAAGAGAUGAACGUCACCGAAGCCUUAAUAAAUUGAAGAGGUCCUGAUUUGUCAACCUUUCCGAACUCUCCCAGACCACUGCUUCAUUCCCACAGGCUCUUUUAUUUUGGAAGUUAUUGAUAUUUAAGCCACACGAUCAGCUCGUCUCCUCGUCCUGAUAUACCUGGUUACACUCCGUGUUGUAGGUCUGUCUCCGUGUCUUUGACACUGAUCCGAGUCGUAGUCCUGCGUUUUGCAGCCAUGUUCUCGGUAGAACCCCCUCCCCUCAACGCAAAAACACACUCUCAAGCAGCUCAUUUUACUAAUUGAACCCUCAGAUCAUUAUCAAAGCACGAUUUACCUCUGUGCAAUAUUUUAAUUAGAUUAUAGUCUCUAUUUAACCCAUCGUGGGCUCUUUGAAGCUCUGUGUUUUUAGUGUUAAGUCCUCAGAUGCGCGGUUGGAAAACAAAUGACAGAGGCCUUUUUAAUUUAAUGAGAAUCCCUGCCUAUCCAGGCCGAGUCUCUUUGCAUCUUUUUUAGGUCCCACCUACUCGUUUUUUGCCAUUGAAAUCCAGUUAAUUGAAGGAGUCUUUCACCGCCAUACAUGAAGGGGGCCAAAUUAGCAUCCCUUUCUGCCCAUUGGGAAGCUACGGCAGACGUGGACGCUUUGAUGUGAGAAGCACGCUUUCAGUAGGCGACAGGCUUCCUGAAAAUGAGCUGAUGGCCCUGCUAUUAGGCCCAAAUGCAGAUGCGUCCAUGUGUUGCAAAACGCUUAAUCUUUUAAUUGAUCACCUUCUGCAUGGCCUAUUCUCCACAUAGGGUUUUUUUUUCCUCCUCCCCGGCUGCCUGUUAAUCAGAAUCACAUUUUGAUGAUGACAUAAAUUGCUUUUCAAAAGGCAGGAAGGGAUGGCG